AUGAGUUACCAUUACAGAAACACGGGCAUCGGCAAAGAAACCAUCCUUCAGCUCUGCAAACACUCACCGAAAAAAGUCUUCCUCGCCACCAGAAACGAGGCCAAGGCCAAAGACGCCAUCGCCUCCAUCAACUCCCAGCUACCCAAGCCCGCCGAUGUCGAGUUUGUGUCGCUCAAUCUCAGCAAUCUGGCCUCUGUCGCUUCUGCGGCCGAGACAAUUUCUCGAAGCACAGACCGGAUCGACCUGUUGUUUCUCAAUGCCGGCAUCAUGAACAUGCCGCCGGGCAAGACGGACGACGGAUUCGACCUGCAGCUGGGCACCAACCAUGUCGGCCACUUUCUCUUCACAAAGAGACUGCUUCCCGUGUUGAAGGAGACCGUCGCCAAGUACAACACUGAUGUUCGAGUCAUUUCCACCUCUUCCUUAGGAAACGCAUUCGCGCCGUCUUUCGACACAAUGAUUUCCUCCGAGAAGCUCUCGUCGCAGGGCCAUUGGACGUCGUACGGCGCUUCCAAAGCAGCCAACAUCCUCUUCGCCGCUGAGCUUGCCAAGCGUCACCCGGAACUCAUCUCCGUGUCUCUCCAUCCCGGCAUGAUUCAGACGGAUCUGUACGCGACGACUACGUCCAACAGCUUCCUCCUGCGAACCUUGCUGCGUUUCUUCGGCCCUCUUGUGUAUCAUGACGUGUCGUACGGCGCCUUGACGCAGCUGUGGGCCGCCACUGUGGACAAGAGCAAGCUGAAGCAGGGCGGAUUUUAUGUGCCCGUUGGGAAGCUGGAUAGCAAGAACAAGUUUGCCGUUGACGAUGAUAUGCAGAAGAGGCUGUGGGAGUGGACGGAGGGGGAGCUGGAGCAGAGGGGUUACUGA